CAACCCAGCUGGCCGGAGUCCCCCAAGCUGAGGUCUUUUGACUUGGCUUUCUCACUCCCACCCAGAGGGUGGCUGUCCAGAGGUGGACCUUGUCCCCCGCUCCCUGGGACCAUGGUGCUUCUCGCUGAAAAUGCUUCGGAAGGCUCCAACUGCACUCACCCACCAGCACCGGUGAACAUUUCUAAGGCCAUUCUGCUCGGGGUAAUCUUAGGGGGGCUCAUCAUAUUCGGAGUUCUGGGGAACAUCUUAGUGAUCCUCUCGGUGGCCUGUCAUCGUCAUCUGCAUUCCGUGACUCACUACUACAUCGUCAACCUGGCGGUGGCAGACCUCCUUCUCACCUCCACCGUACUGCCCUUCUCAGCCAUCUUUGAGAUCCUGGGCUACUGGGCCUUUGGCAGGGUCUUCUGCAACAUCUGGGCUGCUGUGGAUGUCCUAUGUUGCACAGCGUCCAUCAUGGGCCUCUGUAUCAUCUCCAUCGAUCGAUACAUUGGUGUGAGUUACCCGCUGCGCUACCCCACCAUUGUCACACAGAGGAGGGGCGUCAGGGCUCUGCUCUGUGUCUGGGCGCUUUCCCUGGUCAUCUCCAUCGGACCCUUGUUCGGCUGGAGGCAGCCAGCGCCUGAGGAUGAGACCAUCUGCCAGAUAAACGAGGAGCCUGGCUACGUGCUGUUCUCCGCGCUGGGCUCUUUCUACGUGCCACUGGCCAUCAUCCUGGUUAUGUACUGUCGAGUCUACGUAGUGGCCAAGAGGGAAAGCCGGGGCCUCAAGUCCGGCCUCAAGACGGACAAGUCGGACUCGGAGCAAGUGACGCUCCGUAUCCACCGGAAAAACGUCCCGGCAGGAGGUGGCGGGGUGAACAGUGCCAAGAAUAAGACUCACUUCUCUGUGAGGCUGCUCAAGUUUUCCCGAGAGAAGAAAGCAGCCAAGACUCUGGGCAUCGUGGUGGGCUGCUUCGUGCUCUGCUGGCUGCCUUUCUUCCUAGUGAUGCCCAUUGGUUCCUUCUUCCCGGAUUUCAAGCCCUCGGAAACUGUUUUCAAAAUAGUAUUUUGGCUUGGGUACCUAAACAGCUGCAUCAACCCCAUCAUAUACCCAUGCUCCAGUCAGGAGUUCAAGAAAGCCUUUCAGAAUGUCCUGAGAAUCCAGUGUCUCCGCAGACGGCAAUCUCAGCACGCCCUGGGCUACACCCUGCACCCGCCCAGCCAGGCCCUAGAGGGACAGCACAGAGACAUGGUGCGUAUCCCCGUGGGCUCCGGAGAGACUUUCUACAAGAUCUCCAAGACAGACGGAGUCUGUGAGUGGAAGUUUUUCUCUUCCAUGCCCCAGGGAUCGGCCAGGAUUACAAGGCCGAAGGACCAAUCUGCCUGUACCACAGCCCGGGUGAGAAGUAAAAGCUUUUUGCAGGUCUGCUGCUGUGUGGGGUCCUCGACCCCCAGCCUUGAAGAAAAUCACCAAGUUCCAACCAUUAAGAUCCACACCAUCUCUCUCGGUGAAAAUGGGGAGGAAGUCUAGAGGAUGGGAAAGGUCACAGGAAGAGGGAUGACACUAGGUACUGCCACUCAGAAGGCCAGUGAAUUCCUCUUGAAGAACACCAUUCAAGGAGGUCCCCAUCUGGGAAAGGGGAGAGGGAGGGUACCAGCUCAUUGGGCAUGUGAGUAGGGCACAGGGUAAGAGGCAGGGUGUGUGGUAGCUAACUGGUUCUGGAUGAUGAAGGUCCAUUUCCCUUCAGCCCAAACCCUCAGUCAUUCUCUGAUCCCUCUUUCCACAACUGACCCUUUCAACAAGAAAUACCAUGGGAAAGAAAAUUUCGUACACAAUCCAAAAGACUAUAAAUACAGGAUGAUGAUUUCAUUGUGAAUAUUUUGAGCACACACUCUAAGUUUGGAGCUAUUUCUUGAUGGAAGGGAGGGUAUUUUAUUUUCAGGCUGAAUCUACUGGCAACUACAUUUGACAUUUAUGAAGAGGGGACCUAGACAGAAAGGCGUGUAAGGUAGUGACCAACAUGCUUUUAGAGCAAGUUUGGAAAUGCCACCAGCUCCUCAGCUUGGUUGAACCUGGACAGGGGGCUUCCCAGAGGUUGUUUUCUGAUGGAUUCCUUAUUCCCAUUUGAAACUGAGGUGCAUUCUCCACCCUUGGAUCUAAGGAGUAUGGCUAGGACUGACCAGGGACAGCAUACUUUUCUCAAGGGGCAGCAGUUGCAAGACCUGCUGAAGGAAGGCUCUCUUCUUUUACCUUCUUAAAGAGCAAGAAGCUGGAAUGGGAUGACUGCUAAUAUCAGGCUGAUCCCCUCUUGUUCUGCAGUCUCUUUGAUAUGACAAACCACUUGCCUUUUCCAGAACUCCAUAAUGGAAAUCCAGGAAUGGCAGAAUCCUGGCUUCCAUUACCUCUCCUGAGCUUCACUGCUAUGUAGCCAAUGUAGUUCAUUUGUGGCGUGUAGAAUGAGUCUUAGGGUCCAGGGAAGCUUCUGAGCUUCCAAACACACUGACGCUUACCCUCAAACACUUUAGUUGAUUGUUAAACUGCCCAAAUUGACUCCUACUUUUUGCAGAACCUUGGAGAAUGUGCUAUAUUUUCUCUUGCUUUCUGUAUACUGAAUCCUUGCAUCCUCAAUUCACAUUAUUAUGAAUGGUAACUAUGGUAAUCACACAUGAAAAUUAAAACAUGCCUGUUGAUCCGCCAUAAGAAUUGUAAAAUAAGGUUUAAUGUUUACGACACCAGACCUAAUAAGAAUCGCCACUACCAACGUUUUUUUAAUAACUUCUUCCCUUAUCUAACAUAUUUCACCCAAGAGCUUCAGAGCAGGUCGAAGUUAUUGUGAAACCUUCACAGGGAGGCUCCUGGCCCCCAUAGCUUUCCUUUUCUCCCUUAUAUCAAACUGGUGUAAUUCUUUCUAAAGGCAAAUCUUCAUCCACAUUGCAGCAAAGAAAAUGCAUGCAUGAGGCUGUGGGUUUUGUGAUUGGUUGUCCUGGGACUUUGAAUCUGAUCUGCUUCCUCCACCUUUUCCUGGGCUGUGUCUUCUUGUUGGCCAGCAAGAUAAUUACUUGGCCUUGUGUUCUGAACUUGGCUGCUGCCACUGAGAAGUUGGCUGGGAUUUUAGGCUGUCUUGGGCUCUCUGCAUGCCUCCUAACAUCUCUACCAGAUGUGGGUGUUAAAGCAUCUAGGGAGAACUUGAGUGUGCAAGCCUGGCUCAUUUCUCUCUAAGCUUCACUGUUACAAUUAACUUCCUUCUAAAUAUGAAUCCUAGAACUGACUCUCGUUCUUGUCAUCCCCUCAUAGAAGAGCAUCCUGGUGGGAAGAGGGAUCAUAGCUUUUCUUCAGCAAGGUACCGCCCAUGUUACCAAUGAUUUUUAAAUCCCUUGGUGGAAAAAUGCAAAUGGUUAAAAGCUACCAUUGAUGCUAGAAAAAUCUUCAAGCCCUCUGAUAAAAACCGUGGCAAUCAUAUCCCAUGUGGAGUUAUCCAUAACUCCAUGGCAUCCCUCCCUCUAAGGAGGCAACUAUCUAACAGCUUUUUCCAUUCCCACAGCAGGGUACUGAAUAGAAACACAGCAACUUUGUAAGAAAUUGAUAAUGUCACCAAAACAUGGUAACAAAAGUGGGGUAAACAUCAUAAACGUGGAAUGGCUUUUUAAUCAUCCACCACAAAAAAAAAAAAAAAAGGUCUGUACCUUUAAGUGUGCCAAAAACUAUCUAAAAUGGUUACAGCCAAACAAAUGAUUGUCAUAUUUAUAUUCACGUGUUUACUGCUUCUAUUUGGAGUUUGAGGAAUUUACCCAGAGUAACCCCAGUUAAAAUGUCCUCUCUUGUGUGUUCUAAAAAAAAAAAAAAAAAAAAAAAAAAGAUCGCUUUGGGAUUAUCUCUAUGUCGCAAAAUCAAUGGGGCAUUAUGAUAGGCGACUUUGAGGCUAGUGUGAGAUUCCGACUGUGUGUAUGAAGAGGGACCUUGGAUCUCAUUACUUAAAACUUUCUCCAGGGCAUCAAAGAUGUAGCUCAGUCGGUGGAGUGCUUGCCUGACAUACACAUCCCAGUAGCACCCUAAAACUGAGAGCCGUGGCUCAUGACUAUAAAGUCAACAUUCAUGCGUUGCAAACAGGAGAAUGAAGAAUUCAAGGUCAACUUUGAAUACUUAGUUUGAGCCAGCCUAGAUUACAUGAGACUGUCUCAAAAAGAAAAAGAAAAAACAAACAAAAAGAAAGAAAGAAAGGAAGGAAGGA